GUUGAAAUGUUUGUGGACUCUUAUUUUGAAAGUGCCCGGAUCUUGUCGUCUGUACCGAGUCUGAACGCAGUCUGCAGACGCGGAGAGUUUGUGGAAAACAUUUCUUUGAUUCCGUGUUUUUAUAAACUGUUCUCAGCGCGGCUGUCGGUCUGAGCAUGGCAGACCCGGCCCGUGUGAAACCCAUCGCAGUGGUCAGCGAGGCGCCUGCAGAGAGACCCAAACCAGGCGAGGGGUCCCGGGACGCUCCGGGGAGCAGCAGUAAAGUCUCUGAACUCACUACUGUCCAGACCACUGCCAAAGAGCAGGGCAAAGUGAGGUCUGCUGAAGAUGAUGCAGCUGGUGAGGAAGAAGGAUCUUCAUCACUUCAUCCUCCUCCUGCUAAAAAACUGAAAGUGGAGCAUGACAAGAAGAAGGAGAAACGCCAUAAAGUUGAUGAAGAUGAAAUACAAAAGAUGCAAGUCUUAGUAUCCUCAUUCUCUGAAGAGCAGCUGAAUCGCUAUGAGAUGUACAGACGCGCUGCUUUCCCAAAGGCAGCGAUUAAAAGACUGAUUCAGUCCAUCACAGGAUCCUCGGUCUCUCAGAAUGUGGUCAUCGCCAUGUCAGGGAUUGCCAAGGUGUUUGCUGGGGAGAUUGUUGAGGAAGCUCUCGAUGUGUGUGAGAAGUGGGGAGACACGCCACCCCUGCAGCCCAAACACAUGAGAGAAGCUGUCCGGAGACUGAAGAGCCGAGAGCAAAUUCCCAACACCAAACACAAAAAAAUCCUCUUCCACUGAGCUCCAGUCCCUCUCGCGACUCUAUUAGAAAAGACUCUCUGUUAGUAUUUCUGUGGGGGAAUGGACACUACCAGAUAUCUGAUGUGUUUGGAGUGCACUGUUGGUAUCUUGGGUAAUACAGGAUGUGGUAUAUCUCUCGUUUUGUCCACAGUCUGUCCUCUGGAGCAUGUGACGAAAUAAAACAAUAACAAGUGAAUGUUAAUGAAGACUUUUAGGAUGAUAAAUAUUGUACGAUUCCUAGCUGUCACUCAGAAGUAAGUGUGCCACUGAGAUGUCUGUCGACUCGUUUUUUAAAUGUUUCGUAAUAUUUGUUGUGUUUUGAGAAAUGCAUGCAUGUGCAUGGAUGUUUUGUGUAUGGAAAUGAUAUAAAAAUGUAAUCUUUGGAGUUGAGGGGGGAAAAGAAAUAGAAAAAAUAAAUAUUUCGAUGAACCCAGA